UCCUAAAAUUGCAGAACUACAUACAUUAGGCUCAGAAAUUAAUUUCCGGUGUAAAAGCUGCUGAAUCUUUGGUUUUGUGUCCGCUUUCUCCCCCAACUGCUGCAAUACUCGGAACGUAACUUCACUUUGCUUUGAACGCAUUGCGGUGGGUUUUAUUUGUUUGUCUGUUCUCUUGGGUUCUCCAUCAUGCUCCAUCAUUGUUUUCUGGUUGGUGCCCUGCUAUCAUUGGCUGUAUCCCUGCUGGUUGCCAUGGAGACCUGCCCAGGAACAGGGAUGCCUGGAUUACCAGGUAUUCCUGGGCUGCCUGGCAGAGACGGCCGUGAUGGAGAGAGGGGGCAGAAAGGAGAACCAGGAGAAAAAUGGUAUGGCAGUGUCGGCCCUCAGAAAGGACCAAAGGGGGAAAUGGGCCCAUUGGGGUUCCCUGGUAAACGUGGUCAGGGUGGGGAACCAGGAAAACCAGGGGCCCCAGGGACAGAUGGACCUCCAGGUGAAGAAGGAGAUCCGGAAAUAGAGGGGGCUGUUGGAGUUGAGGAAAAAGCAGCCUUCAGUGUGGCCAGAGGAACCAAUGAAUACCCAGAUAAAAGCAGCACCAUUCGGUUCACCACUGUCAUCACCAACAUCAACGAUGACUACAACACUGAGACAGGACACUUCAGGUGUCGGAUCCCAGGGACAUACUACUUUGUGUACCACGCAUCUGUAGAUGACCGAUUCUGUGUGCAACUGAAGUUGGACCAGACGUUACUGACAUCAUUCUGUGAUCAUCGCCGCAACCAGAGACAGGUGACUUCAGGUGGCCUGGCAGUCUACAUGUCGAAAGAUCAGGAGAUUUGGAUAGAGACUAAAGACUACAGAGGGAUGAGAGGAAGCCCGAAUGGUUACAGCAUCUUCUCCGGCUUCCUGCUGCGCCCUCACUGACCCACCAGACGGGAAACAUCUGUUACUAAUUAAUUUUAUAGCAACACUCCAAGGCUGAAACUAAGGACAACAUUAAAUCCCUUCCCUCACAAUGACCCUUUCACCUUUUUAAAAUGCACAUACUGUACUACUUGCUUUUCAUUUUUAUUUUCCAGUAACCCUUUAUAAUAGAACCUGCAAUUUACAGUGUAAUUUCUUUGUAUGAAUCAGAUCGACAAUAAAAAUGUUCCUACUGGUACUUAGCUGUAUGUACAAAGGAAGAAAACAUCUUGUGUGCUUGUGGUAUAGUAUUAUUUACUCACUUUUAAGAAAGGGGUUUGUCUCCACUACUGAUUGGUUUGGUAUCUACUGUAUCACCCUUAAAACAGGUUUAUCACUAAAUGGACAUGAUUUUCUGCUUUCUCAUUUCCAAUGAAUCUGUGGAAUUAUAUUUGAAUGCAUCACAUAUCAGAUCCAACUCCAUGUUAAUUUACCUUGUCUGUCUGUCAGUUCAACACAUAACAUGAGCCACAAAUAAAUAAAUAAUAAAAAUGA